GUGAGCAAAGACUGCAGCGCACGAGGACGUACGGAGCACACCUCGGCAGAUCCGACGAGGACGGGAGGAGGCCGUGAAGCGGGCGGCGGGCCCGACCCUUCGCACCCUCAACCCACGGGGACGCGUGACCAUGCUGGCCAGGCCCACGGAGAGAGCCAGAACAGCGACGAGCCUGCCGCCGGCCAGCCACAGCAACAUGCCCCAGCAGGGCUGCUUCUCCCCCUUGCUGGGUGGGGUACCCCGUGAGCCCACUCCCCCGCCAGCGACAGCCCACAACACCACCGGUUUGAGCAACGACAGCGCUGGACUCCUGACACUGGGGACGACGGCAGCAGUGGGCGAGGACAGCGAGCUGCGCUGGGCCUCGCUGCUCAUCAUCAUCGUCAUUGUGCCCACAGUGGGGGGUAACAUCCUGGUCAUCCUGGCUGUGUCGCUGGAGAGGAAGCUACAAAACGCCACCAACUACUUCCUUAUGUCGCUGGCCGUGGCGGACCUGCUGGUAGGCCUGCUGGUGAUGCCCAUUGCCCUGGUCACCGUGCUCUACAAUUCAGGCUGGCCACUGCCAGAGUUCCUCUGCCCCAUAUGGCUCUUCCUGGACGUGCUGUUCUCCACGGCAUCCAUCAUGCACCUGUGCGCCAUCUCGCUGGACCGCUACAUCGCCAUCAAGAGGCCCAUCCAACACAGCCAGUAUAAGUCCCGGGCCCGGGCCGCUGCCAAGAUCGCCGCCGUGUGGCUCAUAUCCAUAGGCAUUGCCAUAUCUAUUCCCAUCAGAGGCCUGAAAAACACCAAGAAGACAACGUUCAACGACCACCACACCUGUCUGCUGAAGCCAGAGUGCUUCAAGGACUUCAUCCUCUUCGGCUCCUUGGCGGCCUUCUUCAUUCCGCUGACCAUCAUGAUGGUCAUCUACCUGCUCACUAUUCAUGUGCUGCAGAAGAAAGUCUACCUGUUGAAGUUCAGAGCCUCAGAGCACUUCAGCAGGUCCACAGUUUCCACAGUCUUCCAGAUGGAAUCCCCUUCUGUGGGCUCUCCAACAGAGAGGGCCACCAUGCUGGAGCGUCCAAAGGGGCUGACAGUCCAGUCCAGCCCCAGUCCCAGCCCCAGCCCCACUCCAAGCAAGGACAUCCACUUCCGCAGGCUGUCCAGCAUGGGCAGGAAGUCAAUGCAGAACCUCAGCAAUGAGCAGCGUGCGUCCAAGGUCCUGGGCAUCGUCUUCCUCCUCUUUGUGGUGAUGUGGUGCCCAUUCUUCAUCACCAACGUCAUCUCGGCAGUGUGCGACAGCUGCAAUGAACAGCUUGUUGGCCAGCUAAUGGAGGUCUUCGUCUGGGUGGGCUACGUGUCCUCGGGGAUCAACCCCCUGGUCUACACCCUUUUCAAUAAGACGUUCCGCGACGCCUUCACCCGCUACAUUACCUGCAACUACGGCAAGGUGAGCGCCAGGUCGCCAAGGAGGACUCUGCCCGGGCUCUCCUUCCGCUCGUCUGUUGCUGAGAACUCAAGGCUCUUUGUGAAGCAUGGUGUGAGGAACGGCAUCGGCCAGGUGGACUACCAGAGUCCGCUGUUGCUGCGACCAGCCGCCAUGCAGUCCUCUACAUCUGUCCUGUUGGACACCCUGUUGCUCACAGAGGAUGAGGACUGCAGACAGGAGGAAAGGGUCAGUCAUGUUUAGGCCACCCAUGAGAAUUCAUGGGAACAUUCUGGGAGCUCUGAAUUUGCCCCAAAAUGAUACUGUAAACAAUAUUUGUCAAUAAUUUACAGAAAAGCCAUAACGGGGCUUGGCAGGAGCAACUCGAAAAGAUCAAGGACUUCAAAACAGAAGGAAAAGCAGCAAAUGGAAGCAAAGAGAGAGAACAAAAAAAAUUUUAAAAGAUCAAUCCUCCCAUUUCCAACAGGAAUAACUUCCACAACAGGUACAAAAUUGUGACUACAUCUCAGUCAUGUAAAAUGGAUAACAAGGACAACAGUUCAUGGAAAAUAAAUAUACUGUAUCCCUGCUCGUAUGGCUAUAAAAUAUACCUGAAAUACACUUGGGGACCCUGAAAUAUCCAGUUCUACACGAAGAGGCUGAAGAAUUUGACCUCGACUGAAUCGCUUAACAGUGGAAUUACUCCUACAUAUACAACACUCAAGUUUUAAACGUCAAAUUGGAAAAGUGCAGUUUGGUCUUCGGGUGUGUACACACAAGCAAAUUUUAGCUCAACUUUCUAGGUGUAAGAAAAGACAAAAGGCUGCGCUUCCUUUGGGAACCUCCAACUGAUACUCUGUUACAGCGUUUUCUAGAUCACAAUGGAAGUGUAAAUCGGGUUGUUUUGCAGCAGUUGAGAGACUGAACAAUAAUGCAGGUUACGUUCAAUAUCUCGAACAUAACUGAUUCAACAGCAAGGCUUGGUUUAGACCUCUCUCAGCAGGUCAGGGGGACCUUCUGCUGUACCUUCCCCAUGACAUGAGCAUGGGGUCUAACUGUGGAGUCCAAGGAAAGAGGUGCCUCUAAAUACAGGGCAACAGCUUUUUUUCCCCCAUCUUAUAGGAACCCCCGACCCCUGUGUUCACCUAGUAAUUAUUACCCAACAAUGAAGCUCCCCAGGUCUCUCAGACACACCCCCUUUCUCAGUCACUCCCUCUCAGACUCAAAGCACCCCAUCCCCUUUUACAGGACCUCCCCUCUGGGCACACCCCCCCAACACACCCUUUCUUGGUGUUCACACAACCUUACUUUGCCAAUCCAUUUGUUUGGAUCAAGCUGACACAUUUAAUCAAAAUUCGCAGCCAGCAGCUCAGACACUGAGCAAAUUGCAGUAGAGAGUAGUAGUUCCAGAUUCCAUUUUUAAAUGUAUAAGUUGCAAACUUUGUACAAAUCAUGUUCAUGACUUAACAGGUGCCACAGAUACCCAAAUUGCAACAGUCCACUGUUCUCUGCAGCUCACCUAUGACAAUAUACUAUACUUCGUUAUAUUACAAAAAAAAACAUCUAAAACUACAGCACUUGUUGGAUAUCAGGCAUCAGAAGUUUCAUUUGGAGGAAACUCUUCCCAUGGUAAAAAUUACUUUGACCCUUCUGAGACCAGCCAGGGAGAUAAGGGUUUAAAGAAUGAUGUAAAA